CGCAGAUGGCUGUGCGCGGCGCCAACACCUUGACGCCCUUCUCCAUCCAGGCAAUCCUCAACAAGAAAGAGGAGCGCGGCGGGCUGCCCGCGCCAGAGGGGCGCCCGGUGCCCGGGGGCACCGCGGUGCCAGUGGCUGAGGCUCCCGCUGUCUGCUGCUGGCGACUCUUCGGGGAGACAGACGCGGGCGCUCUGGGGGGCGCGGAGGACUCUCUGCUGGCGUCGCCGGCGGGGACCAGAACGGCUGCAGGGCGGACCGCGGAGAGCCUGGUUGCUUGGGACUCGGACUCGGCGCUGAGCGAGGAGAACGAGGGCGGGCGGCGCUGUGCGGACGCGCCGGGGGCCAGCGGGGCCGGCCGCGCAGGGGGGACGCUGGGCCUCGGCCAGCGGGUCUGCGAGCUGCCCGCCGCCAAGGACCUGGAGGAGGAAGCCGCAGGCCGGAGCGACAGCGAGAUGUCGGCCAGCGUCUCAGGCGACCGCAGCCCGAGGGCCGAGGACGACGCUGUGGGCCCCGGAAGCGCACGCGUCCCGGCGCUGUGCGGCCGAGGCGGCGGCGGCGGUGGCGGCGGUGGCGGCGGACCGGCGGGCGGCGCGGAGGAGGAGGAGGAGCCCGCGGCGCCCAAGCCGCGCAAGAAACGCUCGCGGGCCGCCUUCUCCCACGCGCAGGUCUUCGAGCUGGAGCGCCGCUUCAACCACCAGCGCUACCUGUCCGGGCCGGAGCGCGCCGACCUGGCCGCGUCGCUGAAGCUCACCGAGACGCAAGUGAAGAUCUGGUUCCAGAACCGUCGCUACAAGACCAAGCGCCGGCAGAUGGCCGCCGACCUGCUGGCGUCAGCGCCCGCCGCCAAGAAGGUGGCGGUGAAAGUGCUCGUACGCGACGACCAGAGACAGUACUUGCCCGGCGAGGUGCUGCGGCCACCCUCGCUGCUGCCGCUGCAGCCCUCCUACUAUUACCCUUACUACUGCCUCCCCGGCUGGGCACUCUCCACGUGUGCAGCCGCCGCGGGCACCCAGUGAGCCGGCCUGGGGCAAGGCAGCAAAUGAUCCCUGCGCCCCGGUUCCGGACGGCCGCGGACGGCUGUGCAGGUUGUGCUCUGCACAAGGGCGCCCCGCGGAGGGGGCAAGUGGAGGAUGAAA